AUUGCAUUACUCUCGUUUUAGACUUGGCUGUGGGACUGAUCAAUGUGCUGACAGAUAUCAUUUGGAGGAUGACCAUCACAUGGCAUGCCGGGAACCUGGGAUGCAAAAUCAUCAGAUAUCUUCAGGCUGUAGUUACAUACUCUUCCACGUACGUCCUGGUGGCACUUAGCAUCGACCGGUAUGACGCAAUCAAACACCCUAUGAGGUUCUCUGGAAGUUGGCGAAGAGCCAAAGUCCUGGUGCUCUUAGCUUGGCUGCUGAGUUUCCUUUUCUCCAUUCCUAUACUGCUGCUGUAUGAAGAGAAGGUCAUUCAAGGCAGGACACAAUGCUGGAUAGAGCUGGAGGAGCAAUGGCAAUGGCAAGUCUAUAUGAGCUCCGUGGCCAUCCUCGUGUUUGCCAUACCCACCGUCAUCAUCUCGGCCUGCUACGCCAUCAUCGUGGCCACCAUCUGGAGCAAGAGCAGUCACAUCGUAGUCGUCAAUCACGCUCAUAAGCGAGCCAAAGUGGGCCUCGAGAAGUAUCGCACCCCUCAUCUGGACCACGACCACGACAGCCGCAGAGCCAGUUCCAGGGGUCUGAUUCCUCGAGCCAAGGUCAAGACGGUUAAGAUGACCUUUGUCAUUGUUUUUGUGUUCAUAGUGUGUUGGAGUCCGUAUAUAGUGUUCGACCUGCUGCAAGUGUACGGGUACAUAGAACCGACACAAAGCAACCUUGCAGUGGCUACUUUCAUUCAGAGCCUGGCACCUCUCAACUCCGCAGCCAACCCUAUUAUAUACUGUCUGUUCUCCACCCACAUAUGCCGUGCUCUCAGAAAACUACCACCUUUUAGCUGGCUGCGCAUCUGCUUCCCAGGAUUCAACACGCACCCGGCCCACUGCCUCAGAUACGGCAAUGGGAAUGACACCAACUCCACGCUGACAGAGACCCUGACUCAGCACAGUUCCAGGAGGUCAGCGAAUACCACGUCCUUGAGACACCAGGUGACCAUCAGACUACCUCCAACAGCCGGCCACGCUGCGAAAGCCAUGGUGACCGUCGUGUAGUCACAUCAUUUGGGUGCCAAGAAAUAUGACAACUGUCUACACUGAGUGUUAGUUAUAACGCGAGUUAAAACAUAAAAGACUAGUCAUCAACUUAAAAACACUUUCAGUGAUGUAUGUAUGGCCCUAGGGAGUGUAGAAUAAGGAGAGAAGGAUAGUUUGCAAUAUGAAAGCCCUUUUGAAAAACCAAAGAAAGGUACGUUGGGAAAUAAAUAAACCAUACUAAAAGAUCCCAUCCUUCCGCACAUAUUUUGUCAAUAUACACACAUGACUAGACGCCUAGCGUCUUAUUAAGUAUAUAAAUAAAAUCCUUAUUAUAAGUGAUGACUUAACAGGGGAAUUUGAUGCUUUGUACAGUACUUCUUGUCGUUGUUGUGUCCAUUUUAUAAACGUUAUUAGCAAUUUUUUAAAAAGCAAUAACACAUUUUUGUAAAACUAAAUCUUUUAUCAUGUGAAAUCAUAAAAUUACAACACUGGGAAUUGAAGCCUACAUCGUCAUUAUAUCGCUAUUUUUACUCAAGUCAACUCAAAACGCAUUUUAAAUGUUGAAAAUCUUUUAUAUAAAACAAAACCUGGUGGUUCUGCUUGGAGGAAGUUACGAAACUAAGAGUGGGUAGUAGAGAGGAACUAGUUGAAAGGACAACAGGGUUCUCCUCUUUGCAGCUCUCUGUUAGCUGCUAGUAAUUAUACCCUACAGAAAAACUCAAGUCAAAGAGGACAUCCAUUAAACUCUGUCUUUUGGUUCUCAGAAUGUUUAAUUCAUUCGCAAAAUCCAUACAGAUUCUCUCAUACGAGUAUUAGCCACAGAAAAUUUAUAGUAAAUUACAAUUCAUACCAUUAUAGUUAUAAAAUUUAGGUUGCAACCAUAAUUUAUUUGGAAAAUUUGAUCGAAGAUCCAUUUCUUAACACUCACACUCACACAUAUGUAUGUAUGUGUUAAUAUUGUAUUUGAAAACCUUAAUUUACAGCAAUUAAAAUUGUGUAAUUGUUAAGAAUGCUUUUAAUACAAAUUUGUUAUAAAUCUACAUUCUCAAUAUAUACUACAUUUAUUUUAAGUUUUCAAGUACCCGCACUUUUAAAAUAGUAUAAGUGGUGCUAAAAUAUAUCUAUUCUGUGAUAAUAUUUUUGUUUAAAUGUUAUGACUAAUUUAAAACCGUCAUCAAUAUGAUUGAUUUUAAAUCAUAUUAAAUAGCAACAUAAAGAGGGAUUUUAGUAUACUUACCAGUUUUUUCAAAGGGAAGCUAAUAAUAUUUUAUUAAGACUGAUUCAAGCUGAUAUUAAACCUGAUAAACUUGGUUUAAAAAAUAAUUAUUCUAUUUUAUUCUAAAAACUAAUUUAAAAGUAUUCUAAGAAAAAAAAUACCACUUU